GGGAACCUGAUUCGGAAUAGUCCUUUUCUUCCUCGACCGUAUAUAUAACCCUCGGUCAUAGUCGAGGCCAAAUGUUAUUCUAGCCUAUCCUAUCGUUCCUAGAGAGACUACAAGAUGUCCUCAACCCCAACUCAAAACAUCUACGAUGACCCCAAAUUCUUCAAGGCAUACAGCACACUUCCUCGAUCACAACAUGGCUUCGACGCAGCCCCCGAAUGGCCGGUGUUGCAAGAGAUGGUCUUGAAGAACAACAAACCACGCCAUCAUGGCAUUGAGAACGAAGAGGUUCUGGAUCUAGGUUGUGGUUACGGUUGGUUCACCCGCUGGGCUCGAAAAAACGGUGCCAAACAUGUCAAAGGCAUCGAUGUAUCGACAAAGAUGAUCGAGACGGCUAAAGAGUCCGAGAAAGACCUGCAAGAGAAAGGGAAUAUUCUGCCUUCUUAUGGGACACUAUGUUAUGAAGUCGAUGAUCUCGAGACGAUAUCCUUCAGCACAUCUGAGACGGACUCAUAUGAUUUAGUCUACAGUUCGUUGACGUUCCAUUAUAUCGAAGAUUUCUCGAAAUUGCUUCGGCAAAUCCGACUUUGUUUGAAGAAAGGUGUUCCUGAAGAUGGCUCUAGGAAAGGGGGAAGGUUAAUCUUUUCAGUGGAACAUCCCAUCUGUACAGCCCCAGUUAAUCCGGAACCUGACUGGAAGGUUCUACCAAAUGAAGAUGGCGAAGGAGUGGGUAGAAAGAUUUGGCCUUUAAACACCUACAGUGAUGAAGGUCCGCGCGUGACGAGCUGGCUCGGUGUUGAUGGGGUCAGAAAGUACCAUCGAACCGUGGAGACUUAUGUUACUGCUUUGCUUCAGAACGGCUUCGUCCUGACUGGAUUAAAGGAUUGGGUUCCUUCGGAGCAUGACGUUGAGGAGCAUCCCGAAUGGAAGGAUGAAAGGCAUCGGCCGUAUUUCUUGCUCAUCUCUGCUGAGGUUCAUUCAGAUUAUUAGAAUUGGAUAGGUUUCCUUAUAUAUAUCUUGUGCAUAAUCUUCGA